UUUCUCUUCCCCUUUCCCCCUACCCAUUUAUAUCCUCCUUUUGUUUUCUCUCCUCUCUCUCUGUCUCCUCUCCCUAAUCCCAUCCGGGACCUCGGUCAGGUGCCCUCAAAAUGGGGCCAACUCUGCCUUUGCUGCUGCUGCUGCUGUUGCUGCUGUGGGGAGCCAGGGGUGGGGCCGAGGCGGGAGCUGGGAGCCCAGGCAAGAAGACCCUAAGCCUGGCGGGGGACCUGGUUCUGGGCGGGCUGUUCCCGGUGCACCAGAAGGGGGUCCCAGGGGCUGGGGGGAACGGGGAGUGCGGCGGCCCUGUGAACGAACAGCGCGGUGUGCAGCGCCUGGAAGCCAUGCUCUUCGCCUUGGAUCGCAUCAACGGUGACCCGAGGCUGCUGCCUGGCGUGCGUCUGGGCGCGCACAUCCUGGACAGCUGUUCCACCGACACGCACGCACUAGAGCAGGCUCUGGACUUCGUGCGCGCCUCCCUCAGCCGCGGCGCCCCAGGCUCCCGCCACGUGUGCCCCGACGGCUCCUACGCCAUCCACGGCGAGCCGCCCACAGCCAUCACCGGCGUCAUCGGCGGCUCCUACAGCGACGUCUCUAUCCAGGUAGCCAACCUCCUCCGGCUUUUCCAAAUCCCACAGAUCAGCUAUGCAUCAACCAGUGCUAAGCUCAGCGACAAGUCCCGUUAUGAUUACUUUGCUCGUACAGUACCUCCAGACUUCUACCAGGCCAAGGCCAUGGCUGAGAUCCUCCGCUUCUUCAACUGGACCUACGUAUCAACUGUGGCCUCAGAGGGGGACUAUGGGGAGACUGGAAUUGAGGCCUUUGAGCUGGAGGCCCGGGCCCACAACAUCUGUGUGGCCACCUCAGAGAAGGUGGGCCGGGCCAUGAGUCGGGCUGCCUUUGAGGGUGUGGUUCGGGCCCUGUUGCAGAAACCCAGUGCCCGAGUAGCUGUUGUGUUUGCUCGCUCUGAGGAUGCCCGUGAACUUUUGGCAGCUGCCCAACGCCUCAAUGCCUCCUUCACGUGGGUGGCCAGUGACGGCUGGGGUGCCCUGGAAAGUGUGGUGGCAGGCAGUGAAGGGGCAGCAGAGGGUGCUCUCACUAUUGAACUGGCCUCCUACCCCAUCAGUGACUUUGCCACCUAUUUUCGAGCCCUUGACCCAUGGAACAACAGCCGAAAUCCUUGGUUUAGAGAAUUCUGGGAGCAGAAGUUUGGGUGUAGCUUCCGCCGGCGGGACUGUGGGGUCCACUCACUCAAGACAGGACCCUUUGAGCAGGAGUCCAAAAUUAUGUUUGUGGUCAAUGCCGUGUACGCCAUGGCCCACAGCUUACACAACAUGCACCAGGCCUUGUGUCCCAACACCACCCAUCUCUGUGAUGCCAUGCGCCCUGUCAAUGGGAAGCGACUCUACAAAGACUUCAUGCUCAAUGUCAAGUUUGAUGCACCAUUCCGCCCGGCUGACACCCACAACGAGGUGCGCUUCGACCGCUUUGGCGAUGGCAUCGGCCGAUACAAUAUCUUCACCUACCUCCGCGCAGGCAGCGGACGCUACCGCUACCGAAAGGUUGGCUAUUGGGCUGAGGGCCUGAGUCUGGACACCAGCCUCAUCCCAUGGGCCUCAACCCAAGGCACUGCCCUCCCGGCCUCCAGAUGCAGCGAACCCUGCCUGAAGAAUGAGAUGAAGAGUGUCCAGCCGGGUGAUGUCUGCUGCUGGCUCUGCAUUCCCUGCCAGCCCUAUGAGUAUCUGAAGGAUGAGUUCACCUGCACUGAUUGUGGGUUGGGCUACUGGCCCAAUGCAAGCCUCUCCGGGUGCUUUGAGCUGCCCCAAGAGUACAUCCGCUGGGGAGAUGCGUGGGCCCUGGGGCCAGUCACAAUCUCCUGCUUGGGCUUCCUCGCCACCCUCUUUGUUCUGGGCGUAUUCGUCCGCCACAAUGGGACACCUGUGGUCAAAGCCUCAGGCAGGGAGCUCUGCUACAUCCUUCUGGCUGGUGUCCUGCUCUGCUAUUCCAUGACUUUCGUGUUCAUUGCCAAGCCCUCCACGGCGGUAUGUGCCCUCCGACGACUUGGCUUGGGCACUGCCUUCUCUGUCUGCUAUUCGGCACUGCUCACCAAGACAAACCGCAUCGCACGCAUUUUUGGUGGCGGCGCCCGAGACGGAGCCCGGCGCCCACGUUUCAUAAGCCCCGCUUCCCAGGUGGCCAUCUGUCUGGCCCUCAUCUCGGGCCAGCUGCUCAUCGUGACCAUCUGGCUGCUGGUGGAGGCUCCGGGCACAGGCAAGGAGACAGGGCCCGAGAGGAGAGAAGUGGUAACCCUGCGCUGCAACCAUCGGGACUCCAGUAUGCUGGCUUCUCUCGCCUACAAUGUGCUGCUCAUUGCACUGUGCACCCUCUAUGCCUUCAAGACCCGCAAGUGUCCAGAGAACUUUAACGAGGCCAAAUUCAUCGGCUUCACCAUGUACACCACCUGCAUCAUCUGGCUGGCCUUUCUGCCCAUCUUCUAUGUCACCUCCAGUGACUACAGGGUGCAGACCACAACCAUGUGUGUGUCUGUCAGCCUCAGCGGCUCUGUGGUUCUAGGCUGCCUCUUCACCCCCAAACUUCACAUCAUCCUCUUCCAGCCACAGAAGAAUGUAGUCAGUCACCGAGCUCCCACCAGCCGCUUCAGUGUCACAGCUGCUGGCUCCAGCAUCUCCCAUGGCUCUGGCUCCCAGUUUGUUCCUACGGUAUGUAAUGGCCGGGAGGUGGUAGAUUCCACAACUUCAUCACUCUGAGGGAUGAACCCCAAAACAACUUGGUUCCAUGGCUAAAGAUGGGGGAGGUAGCACAGGGCCCCAUCCCCUGGGACCCAGGCAGACAAGCCUGGAGCAUUGCAAUAACCCCAAGUCACUUCAUUUCUUUCCCCAAACACUGUCAUCUCACCUAACCCCUAUAGGUUGUCAACAGCCUAACCCUAUCCCACCUCCCAACCUUGGCCCAGGGUCAGAAGCUGCUGAAGAAUGUUGGGAGAAUAGGGUGCUCAUCCAAUAGGUCAUGGCAUUGGCUUUGUUUGAACCUGUGGAGUCCAAUGGAAACCCUGAGGGAAAGAUCUGGGCGGGUCAGAGGAAAGUAGAGAUGCUGAAGGCCUGGGAUCAAAGGGUUUAUGUAUUAGGAAUGCAGCCCCGAAAUGGGAGGAAAAUAGAAGAGCCAGGCUCCUCAAUCCGUGUUACAUCAAAGGUGCUUCCAGCCCCGGGCCCAACUCCUAAUCCCUACUUUAUGUCCUAGGGCUUUUAAUUGUUUAUAUGUUAUUUUAAGGGGGGAGGAGGAGGGAGCAUCCAGUCUUCCUGCAAAAUACUUUAUCUGUGGUUUAUUUUGUAAUUUCUGUAA